AUGGUGGAUCGUCUAGCAAACAGUGAAGCCAAUGCAAAGCGUAUCAACGUAGUGGAAAGUUGCUUUGGAACAGCUGGCCAGCCACUGGCUAUUGAAGGCAGAGUUCUCAUUGGGGAAGGUGUGUUAACAAAACUCUGCAGGAAGAAACCAAAAGCCCGGCAGUUCUUUCUGUUCAAUGACAUUUUGGUGUAUGGCAAUAUUGUUAUUCAAAAGAAGAAAUACAACAAACAGAACAUAAUCCCUCUUGAAAAUGUUACAAUAGACUCCAUACCGGAUGAGGGGGACUUGCGCAAUGGGUGGCUCAUCAAAACCCCUAACAAGUCGUUUGCAGUGUAUGCUGCUACCGCAACAGAGAAAUCCGAAUGGAUGAAUCAUAUCAACAAGUGUGUUUACGAUCUGAUUUCCAAAAGUGGAAAGACCCCAAAUAAUGAACAUGCAGCCGUGUGGAUUCCGGAUUCUGAAGCUCCUACAUGCAUGCGUUGUAAGAAAGUGAAGUUUACACCCGUUAACCGGAGACAUCACUGUCGGAAAUGUGGUUUUGUAAUUUGUGGACCUUGCUCUGAGAAAAGGUUCCUUUUGCCGAACCAGUCUUCGAAGGCUGUACGGGUUUGUGAUUUCUGCUUUGACCGUUUGUCUAGCGGAGAUUUGUCUUCCAAUCAGUCCACCAGAUCAGACUCCCUGUCUAAUUCCCCCAAAACAACCAAUCACCUGUCUGAUGAUGACGACGACGAUGAUGACAGCAGUGACUGA